GAGAACACAAUUGAUGCAAUAUUUGAUAAAAUCUACCGAAUAUAUUUAUAUAUUUAAGUAUAUAUAUAUAUAUAUAUAUAUAUAUAUCAAGCAAUGUGGAUAUAAGGGCAUUUAUAUUUUAUAUUCAAAUCUAUGUAAGAUAAAUUGUAUGAAAAUUUGUACUGUGCUUGUUUAUAUGAGCGCAACGUGAAAUUCUAAAGUUGCUCGUGUAUACGCAUGAACUAAAUCAAUUUCUGCAGAUUAAUUUGUGUAGGUUUAAUAAAUGGAUAUCUGUUGAACGAAAUUUUUAAAGAAAUCUUACCACCUAUUGGUCCAUUAUGUUAUUUUGAGUAUCGCACAUCAAUUUUUUUCAAAAAUAUCUUUGUUAAUAGUUUGAACAAAUUCUGGAAUGGCGGCCUUAAAAAAGUUCUUAAAAGGAACGAAAAACAAAAUAAAAACAUCAAAAUCUGCAAAAAAGUCUGAAGACGAAUUAGAUGAAAACGAAGAAUUCCGGAAGCGAAAACAACAAUGGCAGAUUGACCUGGAAGAGAUGAGCGAAUUUUUGGUAAUAAAAUCAACGGAGGAGCAAAAGCAGGACGGCGUGAGUGAGCUCAUCGACACCGCCUUCAUCGACGAUCGCGAUGGUCUGCCAGUUUUGAAGGCUGUUUUCGACCUGCAUCAUUUCCAGACGGAUGAUGUGACAGUUGAGAUUGAGAACGAUCAGUUGUUGUUAGUGGCUCAGUGCAACGAUGACAGCAGAGAAUGUUCGUUCUUCAGGAAAACUAUGAUCAGAAGAUUGGAUUUGCCGAAAUAUGUAGAAACUCGUCAGCUGAAAUGUUACUUGUCACCAACAAACAUUUUAACAUUGGAAAUGCCGUUUCAUCUGCCAGCCCAGAAGAAACCGAGCGGGCCGGGUAUCGUUCCCAUUGAAUACGACUCUUUAGGGAGGCGAAAAAUAAAAUUGAGGGUCCCUAUAGGUAAAGAGUUUGUGUCAGAUGAGGUUGAAGUUAAUAUGACGGAUGGUCAACAUCUGACAAUAAAAGCCUGCUACAACGAGGAAGUUGGUCACUACGGCAGUGAGAUAACCAGGCGAUGCAUCGACAAAACAUUCAAACUGCCUGACAAGUUGAUCGGCAAGGUUGAGGCAGUGGAUUAUUAUCUGGCAGCAGACGGUACGUUGAACAUCGAGAUAUAUUUAAAGAAGGAACAGUCGUACAAGUGUCAAAUCUCAAGAGAAGAAAUCAUCACCGACGUGAAAGAUGAUUCUAUAAGUGCUGCGGAAUCUGAACUCGAAGAAUCUCUUGAUUGACUGAUUGAUUGAUUGCUGUUGUUUGGUUAUUAUUUGUAAAUUUAAAACGUUCAGUUAAACCAUAUGAAUUUUAGUUUUCUAAAUAUAGAUGUAUAGAUUUUAAAAUUUUAUGUAUUUAAAUACGUAUAUUUUAAAACGAUUUUUAACAUCGCAAUUUCAAAUUUUACCAAAUAGUUUCCCAUCCUAACAGUUUAAAAUUUUUCAAUUUUAUGUGAUUUCCUGGCAAAAAAUAUUUUAAAAUAUAAAUUUUGCAUCAUGCUGAGAUUUUUUAAUUAGACACCUUUGCUAAAUUGUAACAAAAACAAAAAAUAAUAAUAAAUGCGAAUGACUGCAAAGUUGAUGUGGAAAAAGGAAAGAGAUUUGAU